UAACAAGUGCUUCAUCAUUUCGUUUUGGAUCGUCGUGGGACUGAAAGCACGUUGAUAAGCAAUCAUGCCUACCGUAUACCGUGGAACAAUUGUGCAUACCAAAUCUUUCAAUGAAUUUGAAUCCUUUGAGCAUGGCUUUGUUGCUGUUCAGGAUGGAAAGAUAAUUGGCGUGGGCAAUGAUUAUGAGAACUGGUUGUCUACCCAGAGCUUCGAUCCCAAGUCAUUGAAAGAAGUGCGCCUCUCGGAAUUCCAGUUUCUGUGCCCGGGUUUCUGUGAUGGACACAUUCAUGCUCCACAAUACGCCCAGAUUGGCUUGGGAAUGAGUGUUCCACUGCUUGAUUGGCUCAAUACGUAUACAUUUCCAACUGAGGCCAAAUAUGUGGACCAAGAGUUCGCUCUGCGGAUCUACAGGGGUGUCGUGGAAGCAACACUUCGAUGCGGCACCACUUUGGCCUCCUAUUUCGCCACCAAUGACUUGGCAUCCACACUGAUCUUGGCCCGGGAAGCCAUGCGUCAAGGUCAGCGCGCUCUGAUUGGCAAAGUCUGCUCCAAUUGCAACAGUCCCGAUUACUAUGUUGAAACGACGGAGGAGGCAGUAAAGGGAACCGAGAUUUUUGUUGCGGAACUGCAGAAGCUUAAGAGUCCCCUGGUGCUGCCCACAAUAACGCCACGAUUUGCGCUGAGUUGCAGCAAGGAACUACUGAAGCAGCUGGGGGAUAUUGCCAAAAAGUAUGAUCUUCAUGUUCAGAGCCACAUCAGCGAGAAUCUGCAAGAGAUUCAGGUGGUGAAUGACAUAUUCAAGACUAGUUAUGCCGGGGCCUAUGACGAAGCGGGACUACUCACCAAAAAGACUGUUAUGGCACAUGGCGUACAUCUGGAGGAUGAUGAGAUUGCUCUGCUUAGGGAGCGUGGCACAUCCAUUAUUCAUUGUCCUGCUUCCAAUACAAAUCUGAACUCGGGUCUUUGCGAUGUCCAGCGUUUAAUGAAGGCUGGAGUAAAUGUCGGCCUAGGAACAGAUGUUGCUGGUGGCAAUUCUGUCUCUAUAUUGCAUGCCUUGGCACGCGCCUUAGAUGUAUCCAAGCAUAUUGAGGUAUUCAAUAGUCAGGAUAUUCGUGGCACGGGACCAGCCAAGAGUCCGCAAGAGAACUAUCAGCAGUUGUCCUACAAGCAGGCUUUCUAUCUGGCUACUCUGGGUGGUGCCAAGGCAUUGUCCCUGGAUCACGUUACGGGCAACUUUGCCGUGGGCAAAGAAUUUGAUGCCCUGCUGGUGGAUGUGAGCGUUUUGGAGAAACCUCAUCGUUCGCUAACAGUGGAUGAGCUUCUAGAGAAAUUCAUCUACACUGGCGAUGAUCGCAACAUUAAAUCCGUUUUUGUGGCUGGCAGAAUCGUCAAAGGAUCACAAUGUCAACCCGAAUAAAUAAAUAAUUGAUUUACUAACAGUUUCCACUUGGCAGGGAAACGCAUAGAGAAUUUAUUACAUUUAUCUGAGUAUGUGUGGAUCGAUUUUAAAUGCUGAAAUUAAAGGAAUUUUAAAGUAAUAGUAAA